AUUCGCAAGCUUGCCUUCGCUAUUAUUCACUCAACUACCAUUAUACUCCCGGUUUGGUACGAAAUUCUCGAAAAGAACGAGUUUCCCAUUCGGUUGAUGCCCCGAGAUGUUUCGACUCGGUGGAACUCAACCUUCGACAUGUUAGAAUUUGCCAUCAAGCACCGCCUUCUUAUCAACGAGAUUACCGAGGACCGAAAGAUGGAUCUGUGGAAGUACGAACUUUCAGAGGAUGAGUGGGUUAUUGCUGGCCAGCUGCGAGAUCAGCUCAAGGUCCUCAAAGACGCUACACUAUACUUCUCUCGAGGUUCACCUAACCUUGCUGCGGUUAUCCCUGCCAUGGACCAUAUCAACUUUGUCUUUAGCUCGAAUGCUCUCAACCCGGUGUAUCGACUUUCUAUCCGUGCGGCCCUUGGUAUUGCCAAGAGGACUCUCAACCGCUACUAUAACUUGACAGAUGACUCAGAAAAUUAUCGUAUAGCAAUGGUGUUACACCCUCGGUACAAGCUCCAGUACUUCAAG